UUGAAUUGAAUGCGGAAACAGAAACAACAAAACUCAAACAAAAACAAAAACAAAAACAGGGAACAGAGAAUCUGUAACCCCUGCGAGCCUGCAACCACCUUUGGUCCAUGCCCGCCAAUGCCCUAACCGAGCUCUCUCUACCAAAUCAGAGAAGAAAAGAAAGAAGGCGAAAUGGCUUUUUCAGACUCGGCUCUAAGUUUCCGUUUAACGAUGGCUCAUCAUCUCGGAGUUUAGUUGAACAUUUGAACCAAACAUGAUCAAAUGUAGAGAAAAUCCAAAAGCCAAGAGAUAGAGAGCCUUUCUGAUAAUAAGUUUCUUUCAUGGCUGCUUCCGUCACCAUGCAAAACAAGCAACGUCUUCUGAUUUAAUUUUAGUCUAGGGUAAGUCCAAAGGCUCUCUGUUCUCUCGUUUGUCUUGCCCUUUUCAUCUUCUACAUUUUGUUUUAUUCUGUUCAACCUCAUUGUCUCCCCUUAUUGUUCGUUUCUUUCGGUUUCGACUCUACAUUUGUCCCCAAAUCGCUUCAAUUUGCUUCAAUUUGGUAUUCUCAAAAGUUCAGUUCGGUUUUGAGAUUUCUUCUACUUGGGUUACUGUUAUAUACUUUUGUUUUGGGUUUUAUUGUUUGGAUUGAUCUCUGCAACCUCGAAAAUCUCCAUUGUUGUUCUCUGAUCUGAACUGCGGUUGCUCAAAGGAAUGUACACGUAUUUGUCUCAAAUAGUGUGUCUUUAGAUAUAGUUUUACCAAAGCAGGACCAAAGCUUCAAAGCUGUUUUGGUUAGCAUGUUGUGUGCUUGCUCGGGAGAACAAUUCAAGUUCGAGGAUGCACCGCAGUCACCGGAGUCGCUGGCGACCAGGGAUUUCUCGGCAAGUGGGCUUUCGUCAAGGACUGGGGAUUGGGAAUCUAAGUUUGAAGAUACCCAGGUGGAUGAAGCUGAAUCUACUCUCAAGGAAGCUCUCUCCUUAAAUUACGAGGAAGCAAGGGCAUUGCUCGGAAGGCUUGAAUACCAAAGGGGGAAUUUUGAAGCUGCCCUUCAGGUGUUCCAGGGGAUUGACAUUAGAAGCUUGACUCCAAGAAUGACCAAGGCCAUAGCUGAGAGAACUCGGAGACGAAAACCACGUUCCAAAGGUGAUAAUGUGCCAGCCAAUGUAAUGUCAAUGCAUUCUGUGAGCCUACUUCUCGAAGCAAUCUUACUUAAAGCAAAAUCAUUGGAAGAGCUUGGGAAAACAAAAGAGGCUGCAAGGGAGUGCAAAAUAAUUCUGGAUACAGUUGAGUUGGCACUUCCCAAUGGAAUGCAGGAGGGUAUUGUUGAAGACUGCAAGCUGGAGGAGAUAUUUCAUAAAGCACUGGAGUUGCUUCCUCAGCUGUGGACACAAGCAGGUUUUCUUGAAGAAGCUAUUGCUGCAUAUCGCCGAGUUCUAGUCAGGCCCUGGAAUUUGGAUCAUCAGAGGUUGGCCGAUGUACAAAAAAAAUUGGCUUCAACUUUACUCUAUGGUGGUGUUGAAGCAAGCCUUCUGAAUCAGUUGCAAGGAUGGGGUGCAAUUACCCCAAGAAAUAAUAUAGAAGAAGCAAUCCUUCUGUUGUUUAUACUCAUGAGAAAUCUGGUAACUUGGGAAAUGGCUUGGGAUCCAGAAAUUAUGGAUCAUUUGACUUAUGCACUUGCUAUAUCUGGGCAGUUUGAAUUAUUGGGAAACUACGUUGAACAGGCCCUUCCAGGUAUCUAUAACCGAGCUGAGAGGUGGUACUUUCUUGCUCUUUGUUACAGUGCAGCAGGUCAGAAUGAAGCAGCCUUGAACCUUCUAAAGAAGGUUUCCAGUUGUUCCAAAACAAAGAACAAGCCCCAUCUCCCUUCUUUUUUAUUAGGAGCAAAAUUGUGUUCAAUAGAUCCAAAGCAUGCCCAUGAAGGUGUAAAUUUUGCACGUAAGGUAAUUGAUUCAGCCAAUAAUCAGGGUGAGCAUUUUAUGGAUCAGGCCCAUAGAUUGCUUGGUAUUUGCUAUGGGACUGCAGCACGAAUAUCUGUAUUAGAUUCUGAAAGAGUCUUUUUUCAGAAAGAGUCUUUGAACUCUCUAAACCAUGCUUCUGUUAUUGGGAAAGAGGACCCAGAAAUAAUGUUUAGCCUUGGGUUGGAAAAUGCCAUGCAGAGGAAUCUGUAUGCAGCUUUUGACAAUGUGAUGUUGUACUCUGAUAUGGUGGCUGGAAGCUCAAUAAAAGGUUGGAAACUCUUAGCUCUUAUAAUAUCAGCAGAGCAGCGAUUUAAAGAUGCUGAAACCAUAGUUGAUCUUGCUUUGGACGAGGCUGGGAAGAUGGAUCAGUUAGAACUUCUUCAGUUGAAAGCUGUGCUACAAAUUGCUCGGGAACAACCCAAGCAAGCAAUGGAAACAUACAGAAUCUUGCUGGCUCUGAUUGAAGCACAAAGGGAAAUCCUGGCUGAGAACUUUGACUCUGAGGAAUUAUCAAAAAGAAAUUUGACAGUUGAAGCCUGGCAGGAUUUGUCUAACAUUUAUACAAAACUUGAAUCGUGGCGUAAUGCAGAAUCUUGUGUGGACAAAGCAAAGUCGAUUCAGUUUUAUUCCCCUAGAAGUUGGCAUUGUACAGGUAUGUUGUUUGAAGCUCGAUCUUUAUACAAGGAAGCCCUUGUUUCCUUUUCAGUGUCCCUGUCGAUAGAACCCGAUUAUGUUCCAAGCAUUGUCUCAACUGCAGUAGUGCUAAUGAAGCUUGGAAGUGAUUCACUUUCGAUUGCAAGAAGUUAUCUAAUGAAUGCAUUACGAUUAGAGCCGACAAACCACGAAGCAUGGUUGACCCUUGGAUUGGUUUCAAAGAUGGAGGGCUCAAUGGAACAGGCUGCGGACUGCUUCCAAGCUGCAUAUGAGCUCAUGGGGUCAGCUCCUGUUCAAAACUUUGUGUGAAAGCCAUUUUCCAAUCAUUUCAAGCAAACAACUUCUAAGGUGAAAAAUCGAAAGAAAGGAAAAGUGCCUUUGGCGGAAACAGAAGGCUGAGUAACCAGUGCUCAUUUCACUCACUAGGGUUCAGAAGCUGUCCACUUUCAUUGAAAAUUUGAAAUCACAAGGCAGUCCUUUGUUGAAAAGUUAAAUUUGUGUAUCCAUUUUUUUUCCAGGGGUUUCAGAAUGAAUCAGUGUGACAAAUUUAUGUUUUUUAUUACUUAUUAUUAUUCUUAUUUUAAAA